GAUGUGUUGUGUUGUUCUUCCUUGGUUUUGUUAGCUGCCAGUGAACCGUGGAGGAAAAUGGAUGUGAGUGUGAAUUACUAUUGCACCGUGUUGGAUAGAACGAGCCAGUCUAAAUUUCUUUGUUACACACGCAGGAAAGACGGAAUGCUUAGUGUUUGUCUGACAGAUGCUGUAAACGUCUGGAGUGUGGUGUACACUGAAGACAGCCUGAAGCAGUUUAGACAGAGGUUUGCCUUAAAAUCUACAGAGGAUUACAUCCUCAAACUCAGGGCAUCUUGCAGCAGUGGAAAUGUGUCUGUUGCAGUGCAUGAGGUUGGUGCAGAGCUGCACUUUGGUUCCAGUCCAGGAGAACUGAGUGUAGCCCUGCCCAGACUGGAAGGUCCACAGGCUACAGAGAAGCUGAGGGAGCUGCUGUUCAGGAUGGCUGACAGCCUCACGCAGCUUGACAGUGGACCCCCUUCAGUCAGCCCAGUGAAAAAUUACCAAAGGCGGCCCACAGAGUUUGAGCCCAGGCAGCAGCAGAACAGUGCUCCAUCAGUGACAGUGAAAAGAAGACUUCCAGGUUCUUCACUUAUCAACCCAGGGGCUAAAAAAAAGCAGCAAGCGACCGGCGUGGCCUUUGAUGAUGCAGAUGAAGACUGAUCCUCCUCCUCAUACUCACAUUCCUGCUGCACAGCCAGAGUCUAAUGUUCUUUUAAUCCACUAACAGAACAUGAAAACAUAAGUGCAUAUUUAUGGAAUCAAAGCUUGAACUUUAACAGUUUUUCAUGAUUUUAAAUGCUAUUUAAGUGCUUUUAAUAUGGGUCUUCACCGAUGAAUGUGAACUUUUAAUUUAUCAUGAAAUUAAAUGAGUUGCAACAAAAA